UCUACUGCUACAGUACAGAGGGUCAACGGUUUUGUGUAAGGAAUAGUGUUCACGUGCGUUACAGUACCACGGCAACAUAAGGAAUUAUUGUCAUUAUACUGAGAGGUAGUGUUUAUCUUCCAAUAGAGCAACUGUUUUAAACUUUUCGUCUCAGCCACGAAUGGUACAGUUACAUAAUAGUUCGGCUUGGAGAGUUGCGAGUACAGCGGAUUCAGAAGCUUACAGGUGUCGUGCGUUACGUGCAUUGAAUUAGCCGUUUGGAUUCAUACAGAGGGGACUUUGCUUCAGAUGUCCACUGCUGACAGGACUAAUCCCGUUUCAGCACACACAGGACGAGCUGGUGCCGAACACUUUUUCCAGCACUACGCACUAUCACUGAAGCAAACUGUACGGCGUCGGAAGGUAUCGGGAUGCCCGCAGCGGACAGAGAAAUGGUCAUUGACGGUACUCGACUUUUUGGUUUUAAACCAACAGCGUGUGUGGCAGAGAACGUAGCCCCGCCGCCCCUGAAUGGCUCCACGUCGGGGGACAUACUUCGCAAUUUUUACCACACCAAAAGGGUUGGGAAUUAUCUUAUCGGAAGGAAGCUUGGAGAGGGCUCCUUCGCCAAAGUUCGUGAGGGUCUGCACGCAAUGACCGGGGAAAAGGUGGCGGUGAAGGUCAUCGAUAAGCGGAAGGCGAAGAAGGACUCGUACGUGACUAAGAACCUGCGGCGGGAGGGGCAGAUCCAGCAGAUGAUCCGGCACCCCAACAUCACGCAGCUGCUGGAUGUGCUGGAGACGGAGAACAGCUACUACCUGGUGAUGGAGCUGUGCCCCGGGGGCAACCUCAUGAACCGCAUCUACGAGAAGAAGCGUCUGGAGGAGCGCGAGGCCCAGAAGUACGUCCGCCAGCUGGUCAUGGCCGUCGAGCACCUGCACCGUGCGGGCGUGGUCCACAGAGAUCUGAAGAUCGAAAACCUUCUGCUGGAUGAAAACGACAACAUCAAGCUGAUAGACUUUGGCCUGAGCAACUGCGCAGGAAUUCUGGGAUACUCGGACCCGUUCAGCACGCAGUGCGGAAGCCCUGCCUACGCCGCCCCGGAGCUCCUGUCCCGGAAGAAGUACGGCCCCAAGGUGGACGUGUGGUCCAUAGGGGUGAACAUGUACGCCAUGCUGACCGGAACCCUUCCCUUCACCGUGGAGCCCUUCAGCCUCCGAGCUCUGCAUCAGAAAAUGGUGGAUAAGGAGAUGAACCCCCUGCCCUCUCACCUGUCCACAGAUGCCAUCAGUCUGGUGAAGAAACUUCUGGAACCCGAUCCCAUCAAGAGGCCCAACAUCCACCAGGUGAUGUCCGAUCCCUGGCUGAACCUGGGGAACCCCCAGACAGGAGCACCGUACCUGAACAGGAUCCACAUCGAGGAGAUCAACCACAUGGUGCUGCUGCACAUGACGGAGAAGAUGAGCUACAAGCACAGCGAGGUGCUGAGCGCCGUGCUCACCAACCGGGCCAGCCACACGCUCGCCGUCUACUUCCUGCUCAACAACAAGAUGAGGAGGCUGUCCAAGGAGUACAGGGAGAAGGAGGAGGUGAUGGAGAAGGAGAAGAAGAACGAACUGUUCCAGACGCACUGGAGGAAGCCCAUCGACAAGAUCACAAUCCCCCCCAAGCAGACCCCCAUCUACCUGGCCCUCAGCAAGGCCCCCUCCAAGGACAAGAAGCAGAAAAUAGGUCUGCUGCGGUCCCUGGCUGGGGGCAAAGCCUCGCCCCUGGGUCCUGGAGGAAGCGUGGCUUCGUCCUCGCUCGAGUACCUGGAGAUCCACCCGCUGUUCACCCGUACUCCGCAGCCAAUCAGGCGGCUGGGGACCCAGCCCCCGCCGCCGCCGCCCGAGCAGGGGCCGCACGACGUUGACGUCCCCGCCCUGGCCCCUCCCCCGGCGCCCGCCCCCUCCCCCGCCAGCCUGGGGUCCCACUCCUGGGACUCCUUCUGCGGCGAGCCGGUGGAGAAGCCCCCCUCGCCCUGGUACAAGCUCACCAACGGAGCCCUGUCCCCCCCACGACACACCUCCGCCUUUCAGCCCGACAGCUCCUACCUGAAGAAGGCCACCAUCCCCAGCCCGCCUGUCCUGAUCCCGCCCGCCGCGCCCAGGAAGGCCCCCCCCCCCUCCAAAACGGACUGGACCAGCUCGUCCGACUCCAGCGGGAGCCCCCCCGGUGGGGGCGGGAUGGCGGACCCCGAAAGCCCCCAGCACCGCAGCAAGUUCCCCUCCAUGGGCAUGGGCCAGAUCCUGAAGAAGAAGAUCCCCCAGCUGGGGCCCAAAUCGGGGCCCUCCCUGGACAUGGACCCCCACGGGGGCCUGCCGCCCUACCACAUGCAGACCCUGCUCUGUGCGUCCGGGGCACUCAAGACCCUCUGCUGAUGCAUUGUGGGAGAAUGUAAAAGAAAAGAAAAAGAAAAGAAAAGAAAAAAAAAUGAACUAAGGGACACCGUGGCGGCCCACCUGUUUUGCUCUUUUUCUAACGAAACGAAACUUUUAUGAAGCAAAGCAGGGUCACGUCCCCUCCACAUUCUCUACAUCGGAGAUUUUCGCUCUCCCCGAGGUGAACUGUAAGAAGAUAAAUAAAUAAAUAAAUAAAAAACACUACGGGAGUGACCACACUUUAGUCCUAGAUGCGCUGUGUACACGUUUGCAGUACAAGCAGUUCUAGCUCUCCAUGGCUUGUAUUAUGUAUUCAGGGAUAUUUGCGCUUACAUAAUAUUACCCUCAUUCCUCUAAGAUAGAUGCUGCACGCCACCAGUGAGCGGAAGACAGUUAGUGUACUUGUGACAUCAUACGUAACAUGACAAAUCCUGUGUGACAUCACAAAUCCCUCAAAUAGAUGCUGCAUGCCACCAGUGAGCGGAAGAGUUAGUGUACUUGUGACAUCAUACGUGACAUCACAAAUCCUGAACGCGUGCCGUCAUUGUUCAUGGCCUCAUUCCAGGAAGUGCCGCGUGUAUAAUCCUCAUGAUAUAGCUGAAUACUGUGCUGUGUGAUGUCUGUGAAUUGUGUUGUCUGUCUUUUGGGUAUGGGUCAUGGAUCGUUAAACUUUCUACCCUGGUGUAAAAUCCAGCUAUGACCAGCUUGAAAUAAUACCAGCUGUUUCAAAACUUGAGGUUGAGCUGGUCAAACCAUGUUGAGUAUAGAGCUGGUCAACCAGCUACCAGCGGUUUCAAAACCUAGCUUGAGCAGUUUUUUUUUUCAGCAGGGUACUAAUGAAUACUUUUUUUAAAGAAUGAUAGAUAUCUUAAACAAGCGACCUCUGCCGAAAUCGACGAACGCAUCGUCUUAUUUUCGGACCCGACUGUUCAGAACGCCGGAACGCGGAUCGCUCUCCCGAGCGGUCGUGAUUGCCGGCGGUUUGUGACUUCCAUCAGAAACCCCCGUAGGGAAAUUGCUGCGUAUCGAUUGUUAUUGUGUGUGUACCCGUGUGUAAGCAGUACACCUCUUCUCUUAUUGAAGGACGGAACUGCGUUUCUGUACAGAUGCUGAACGAACAUUUAAAAAGCCUUAACACAACCUCACGACACAGCCUCUCCAAGGUGAACUAAAUAUUUUAAGUAUGACUGUAACUCCAUAAAGCCCUCAUCAAGGUCAUCUGAACACAUAAUAGUAAUACUAGAAUUUUUUGCAAUAUGUAUUAUGCAAUACUUAAAAGUUAGAAAUGUCUUCACAUAGAACACUGCCAAAAAAAAUCCAGAAUUAAUCUGGUCCUGUGAUUUGAAUAUAGCCUACUUGUUAAAAUGGUAGAUGAGUAUUUUAUUUUAUUUUUUCUGAAGGAUGAAUUGUUUUACUGUGAAGGGUAUUAUGGUGGUUUGGGUUUUUGAAAGUCAAUGUUAAUUGCUGCAGCAGUUUCAUGGUAGUAUUACGAUAGUAAAAAUGUGUUUCUGAUCUUUCAGCUGCUUUAUAUACACAAGGCUAUUUACGACAGAUUGAAUUUCUUUGUCAAACUUCUACACCAACUGUGCAUGCAAAUCAUUUUAAUAUCAAUGAAGAGUUGUUGAGUUGAAGAGUUGUUGAUCCAUUGAUUUAAGAUUCUGUGUAACUUUUGUUCAUACAAAAAAAACAUUUUUUUUUUAAAGCUUUUGUAAUGUCUGAGUGUGAAAGUAUUUUUUAUGCUGUAAAUAAUAUUUAAAAUAUUUAUAUUACAAAUGCA